AUAGGUAAACUAAUAUGGAUCCGCACGAUGAUGAAGCUCCAAAGGACCCAAGAGUGGAAAAGCUUAAACAAUCUUUUGGUGAACUAGAUUUUGAGGGACAUAGAGCGCACAGCGUCUUUGUCGGUGUCCACGCUCCAACAGACAGAAGACAUUCACAUCGUCAUAAGAAACAUCACAAAAAUUCUGAAGGAGACAAAUCGGCUUCUGAAGAGGAGAGGCCAACUACUCCACCAGCACAGAGAGUUCAGUUUAUUCUUGGGGAAGAUCUAGGAGAUGAUAAACAUGAAAGCCAUCCACUUUUCUCUGAAAUGGAAGAAUUGUGCGUUGAUGGAGAGGACAUGGAAUGGAAGGAAACUGCUAGAUGGAUUAAGUUUGAAGAAGAUGUGGAGGAAGGUGGAAACAGAUGGUCAAAGCCCCAUGUGGCUACUCUUUCUCUUCACUCCCUAUUUGAACUGAGAAGCCUCCUACUUAACGGAUCGGUCAUCUUGGAUAUGGAGGCUGCAUCCAUAGAACAAAUUGUAGAUCUAGUAGUCGACAGUAUGGUGAGCAAUAACAGAUUGGAAUCGAGCAAAGAGGAAAUAGUUAAAAACGCUUUGCUCAAGAAACACCGACAUCAACACCAGAGACAGAAGCACGGACUGCCCUUCAUCAGAUCCUUGCAUGAAAUAGGAAAAAAUCAUUCAACUGCUAAAAUGGAAGAUCAUGUGUUUCAUGAGCAAUCGUCCGCUAAAUCACAGGAUUUGGGAAAAUUCCUAAACGUCCCUGGACAGGGACAAGAAAGAGCUUUGCGUCUUUUGAAAAGCUCAAGCAACGUUUCGAUCAGUAGAGUCAAUAGCGGCACGGAUCUGAUGAAUGAUUGGCCACAGCACAAUUUAUCCUUUAUGAGGAAAAUUCCACCAGGAGCUGAAGCUAGCAAUAUUCUUGUUGGAGAAGUGGAAUUUCUGGAUAAACCACUAUCAGCUUUUAUACGACUGAAUCAGGCUCACAUUUUGGGUGACUUAACUGAAGUACCGGUACCAACUAGGUUUUUGUUUCUAUUACUGGUCCCUACUUCCUCUAAUUUAGGGUACCACGAAAUUGGCAGAGCGAUGGCAACUUUAAUGUCAGACGAAGUAUUCCAUGAAGUAGCUUACAGAGCCAAGAAGACAAGUCAUUUGUUGGCUGGUGUGGAUGAAUUCUUAGACGCGGUCACUGUUCUACCACCCGGAGAAUGGGAUCCAGCGAUCAGAAUUGAACCUCCAGCGGCGAUCCCAUCGCAGGAUGUUAGGAAAAGGCCGCCAGAAAAGGUCCCAGAAGAAGUUGAUGAAGAAGAAGAGGAGCAGAAACUAAGAGAGGAGUCUGGAUUAUCUAGAACGGGAUAUUUAUUUGGAGGAUUACGAAAUGAUUUAAAACGAAAGGCACCGUGGUACUGGUCGGAUUUUAAAGACGCUCUAUCCUCCCAGUGUAUAGCCAGUUGGAUUUUUUUAUAUUUUGCCUGCCUUUCUCCCAUUAUUACCUUCGGUGGUCUGCUGGCAGAAGCUACAGGGAACAACAUGGCUGCUAUGGAAUCGCUGGUUUCCGGUUUUGUUUCCGGAAUGGGUUACGGUUUCUUUUCAGGUCAACCGCUGACAAUAUUAGGAUCAACUGGUCCUGUCUUAGUAUUUGAAUCGAUUGUCUUUGACGUCUGUACUAAAAUCGGUUGGGACUAUUUGAGCUUUAGGUUCUGGAUUGGGACAUGGAUUGCCGUAAUUUUAUUGGUUUUAGUUGCAAUUGAUGCUAGCGCGUUAGUUUGUUAUAUUACUAGAUUUACCGAAGAGAACUUUGCUACUCUAAUAGCGUUAAUAUUUAUUUAUAAGGCUGUGGAAAACGUGUUACUUAUAGGCAAAAAUUUUCCAAUCAAUACCUCAGGCUCUCUAGAUAUGUCAACCGAUUGCUCUUGCUUUGUGAACUAUUCUGAACCCACCAUUUAUAACGGGACGACAUUUACUCAAUCGACUUGUUCUCAAAUGAAUGGAACCCUUGUUGGUUCGGGUUGUUCCCAUCCACCGUAUGCGCCUGAUAUAUUUUUAAUGUCGGUGUUAUUAUUUUUGGGAACAUUUUUAAUAUCGGUGAUAUUGAAAGAUUUUAAAACUGCACUAUUUUUUCCAACAAAGUUCCGUCAAUUUAUUAGUGAUUUUGCAGUCAUAAUAGCAAUAAUUUCUAUGACCUUUUUGGACAUGUGGAGUAAUAUUCCGACGCCAAAAUUACAGGUGCCACAUGAAUUUAAGCCUACACUUCCGAACAGGGGCUGGGUAGUCCAUCCAUUCAGUCACAAUCCAAUUUACUCGAUAUUAGUCGCUCUUCCCCCUGCACUUUUGGGAACUAUACUAAUCUUUAUGGAUCAGCAAAUCACCAGCGUUAUUAUUAAUAGAAAGGAAUAUAAACUGAAAAAAGGCUGUGGAUAUCAUUUGGACUUAUUUGUUCUAUCUGGGCUUAUUCAAUUAUGUUCGGUGAUGGGGCUACCAUGGUUUGUAGCUGCUACAGUUCUAUCAAUUAAUCACGUAAAUUCGCUGAAACUGGAAUCAGAGUGUGCCGCUCCGGGUGAAAAGCCCCAAUUCUUGGGCGUUAGAGAGCAACGUGUUACACAUAUCCUUAUAUUUUUGACAAUCGGACUCUCCGUAUUUCUUACACCGAUGUUGGGCCAUAUUCCUAUGCCAGUACUUUUCGGAGUGUUCCUAUAUAUGGGAGUAGCAUCUCUUAAAGGGCUGCAAUUCUUCGAUAGGAUCCUGAUAAUGUUUAUGCCCAGUAAAUAUCAGCCGGAUUACAUGUUCUUGAGACAGGUCCCAAUCAAGAAAGUUCAUCUAUUUACUAUCAUUCAAUUGACCUGCUUAAUUUGUCUGUGGGUCAUCAAAUCAUUCAGUGCAACUUCCAUUCUAUUCCCCUUAAUGUUAGUGGUGAUGAUUGGGAUAAGAAAAUCGUUGGAUUUGAUAUUCACUAGACGCGAAUUGAAGAUUCUUGACGAUGUUAUGCCAGAAAUGACGAAACGUCAUCAGAUGCUGAAAGACCAAGAGGCUAUAGUUCCAUCGUCUGAAUUCGAAGUUUCAGAUAAAAAUCUAAAAAUCCCCUUGGCAAAUGGCAAGGUGAUGAAUAUUCCAUUUUCGGUAAUGAAUAUUUCGGAGGAAGUUAAUAAAACUGGGAUCUGGAAGCAAGUCAACGAACAUAACGCCAAAACUGAAGUAAAAAACGACGAGAAGAAAAAAAGCCCUAAAACUCCAAGAGCAAAAAAGAAAAAAACAUCAAAAAAAGAAGCAGAAUUAAAACAGGCACUGACAAAGAAACUAUCUAUAAUGAAUGAAGAAGAUGAAGAUGAAGGAAUAACAAUUAAGUGUGAGAUAAUAUCAAAAGCCACUCAUUGGAGAACUCCGAGGCCCCAGUCGGCAAAAGAACCUGACAAAGAAUCAUUUGUCUAGUUAUAAAAAGCACAUCUUUGAAAUUCCUCAAGGACAUAAUAGUUGCUUAAGCCGAAUGUAUGCUGCGAUAUUUCAUGGUUUGUGUGAAAACAAGUUAAUCAACUUAACAAUAAAUAAUUAAUAACAAA